AUGAUAGAUCACGUCCUUGGCCGCCCGUCUACACGCUUUCGGAAGUACCAGGUCUUCACAGUCGUUCUACUAUGGAGUCUGUACCUCGCCAGAGGUAACAAGCAUGGUCCCCGACCAGUCCGUCACAUAUCCGAAUAUUUCACCAAGCGUCUGUCAGCAUGGCGAACACUAGUCGUCUUCUGUUUGACGCUCUACGUUUCCAGAAACUUUGCACGAGUAGUAGGCUUGGAGUCGCCCGAGCCAUUGGCAAAUCUGUACACGAGGACUUAUUUCAGAGCGACAUGGGUGACCACGGCGUUAGACGCAGGCUUCUGGACAGCUAUGCACGUGCGUCCAAAGUGGCUGAAGGAUUUGGCAAGCAUGGUAUUCACAGUAUACUAUCUGGCUUGCGCAGAACAGGCAGAUGAGAUGGUCAGAAGAGUGCGCGGAGGCUUGACUCUGCAACACCUCCGAACGAGCUGGGACAAGCCGAACACACCAUACUUGAAAGCAGUCACGAGUCUCAUGAGACCCAAGAUGAUGAAGUACCCGCCUCGGCAGCUGAGGAUACCGAGACCAGCCGGAAGCAGCUACACAGAGCCGAUCAAUGCCUGGCUAUACUUUGAUAGCCCUAGAAAAGAUCUGAAACAGCAUGACAAGGUCGUGUUUGACGUUCCGGGUGGUGGCUUUGUUGCUAUGGACCCUAGAUGUCAUGACGAUAAGCUCAUGGCUUGGGCUGCCAAGCUUGGCUUACCUGUACUCGCUCUGGAUUACCAAAAGGCGCCAGAAUAUCCAUAUCCGUAUGCUUUGAAUGAAUGUUACGAUGCAUAUCAUACCAUCAUGAGCUCUCGCGGUACUGUCAUCGGCUUCACGGGAACUACUGUUCCCAAGAUUGUGAUCAGCGGUGACAGUGCUGGGGGAAAUCUCGCAGUAGGAUUGACUUGUAUGCUACUCUCGGAGUCGCCGUACGCUGGUUACAAUCCCGAAGACAGAACAUUUGAACAGCCACUGCCUAUGCCUGAGGCAUUAGUGUUGGUCUACCCUGCCCUAGACAUGAAUAUCAGGAAUUGGAUGACUGAGGAGCAGAUGGCGUUGAUGAAGCAGCCGGAAAGGAGAAAGACAAACAAGGCAGUGCUAAGUCGCAAAAGUGAGGACUAUCGGCGUCUCACCCCAGAUACGCCGCACGGCUCGGAUGACGAAGACGAAGUCGAGCCUCUAAAAACCUCCAAGGCGUCCCGCCGCAACCUAUCGAGUACUGGAAAGUGGUUACAAGGACAAAACAUCGCUGAGUCACCGGUGGCAAUGGAGAAGCCGGUGCCUGCACCAGCAAACGGUUCUGCUUCACACAAAAAGCUAGAAUCGGCCACGAAACCUCAGCCACUACAAACAAGACUCGCCAUUUCCAGCAUGAUAUCGUACUUCAACGACCGCAUCUUAUCUCCAGAGAUGUUGAGAUCGAUGAUCAUCCUGUACAUCGGACCACAUAACAAGCCGGACUUUGCCACUGACCAUCUCCUCUCGCCAAUACUCACUCCAGAGCAUGUUCUGGCUCGCUUCCCAAAGACCUACAUGGUGACAGGGGAGCGUGAUCCUCUGGUCGACGACACAAUCAUUUUCGCGGGCCGCCUGCGGCAAGCACACCUCCAGCGCUUCCGAGAACGGCAGGAGCUCGGUCUAGUCUCAUCGUCUCAGCGCUUUGAUGACAGCAAACACGUCGAAGUUAUGCUCAUUCCGGGAAUAAGUCAUGGCUUCUUGCAAUUCGUAUCAAUCUUUCCGGAAGGCCGCAAAUACAUUGAUCAAUGCAGUCGCUGGAUGCGAGAGGCCUUCCGAGACGCAGAGGCUCGCGAAGCAGAGACGCCCGCUGAGGAGCGAAGGUCUAGCGACUACUUCACCUCUUCUAGCAGCCGACAUCAUCAUCGACGGACUACCGGAGGCUCCGAAGCAGACGAUAGACCGCUAGAGAUCAAGACUCUGAGCAUGACUCCAGCAUCGGGCGAGGGCCGUGGGGGUCAAUCAAGAAGACCACGCAGUGGUCGUGGCCAUGUCAGGAAGCCUUCGUAUAGUGGAACGACUAGCCCGAUUGCUACACGAAGAAGUUUGGUUAGACUGGCUAGCACGGAGGAUCUCAUGAGCAGGCGUAUGCAUGGUCUUACUGGCGGCUUGUUUGGCGAUGGACCUGUACCACAUACGCCCUAA